AGAGUGUCGUAAAGUGUGUAUCCACCAAUCGCUUCCUGGCUGAGAGGAAAUAUGAAAAUGGCGGCUCUCUGUACUGAGUUUGGGGACCUGGUACAGAUAAAAAGGCAGUUAAUAUCUGUGAUAUCGCUCAGUAAAGAAAGAGGACUUCUACAUAGCGCUAAGUGGGCUUCUGAAUUGGCCUUUGCUUUGGACCCUCUUCCUAAGGAUGGGUUACCCCCCUCACAGCCUUUUACAGAGGACGAUGCACGGGACCUGGAUGCACUCACACUGGCCAAAUCCUACUUUGACCUGAAAGAGUAUGACCGUGCUGCUUACUUCCUGAAAGGCUGCUGCAGCAAGAAAGCGUAUUUCCUCUAUAUGUAUUCUCGCUAUCUGUCAGGCGAGAAAAAGAAGGACGAUGAGACUGUGGAUAGCCUGGGUCCUCUUGAGAAAGGCCAGGUGCGAAACGAAGCCCUGCGAGAACUGAGGGUGGAGCUCAGUAAGAAACACAUAACAGGAGAGUUGGACGGAUUCACGUUGUACCUAUAUGGAGUGGUGCUACGAAAGCUGGAUCUCCUGAAGGAGGCGGUGGAGGUGUUUGUUGAGGCAAUUCAUUCACUUCCUCUUCACUGGGGAGCCUGGCUGGAGCUUAGUAACCUGGUCACCAACAUUGAAAUGCUGAAGUCCCUGUCUCUGCCUGACUGCUGGAUUAAAGACUUCUUCAUGGCCCACAUGUACACAGAGCUGCAGAUGAUCAAAGAAGCCUUACAGAAAUAUCAGAACCUCAUGGAGGCCGGCUUUUCUAAGAGCACCUACAUCAUCUCACAGAUAGCUGUCGCCUACCACAACAUCAGAGAUAUCGACCAAGCUUUGGCACUCUUCAAUGAGUUGAGGGAGCAGGAUCCGUUUCGCAUCGACAACAUGGACACAUUCUCCAACCUGCUCUAUGUCAAAAGCAUGAAACCAGAGUUGAGCUACUUGGCCCACAACCUGGUGGAGAUUGACAAGUACAGAGUAGAGACCUGCUGUGUUAUCGGUAACUACUACAGCUUACGCUCUCAGCAUGAGAAAGCCGCUCUCUACUUCCAGCGGGCCCUCAAACUGAACCCCCGGUGCCUCGGAGCCUGGACCCUCAUGGGUCAUGAAUACAUGGAAAUGAAAAACACAUCCGCUGCCAUCCAGGCCUACAGACAUGCCAUUGAAGUGAACAAGCGGGACUACCGAGCCUGGUAUGGCCUGGGUCAGACAUACGAGAUCCUUAAGAUGCCCUUUUACUGUUUGUACUAUUAUCGAAAGGCUCACCAGCUCAGGCCGAACGACUCUCGCAUGUUGGUCGCACUCGGUGAAAGCUACGAAAAACUGUCACAGCAGGUGGAAGCCAAGAAGUGUUACUGGAGGGCGUACUCUGUUGGAGAUGUUGAGAAAAUGGCUCUACUCAAACUGGCAAAGCUCCAUGAACAGCUGAAUGAGUACGAUGAUGCUGCACAGUGUUACAUGCUUUACAUCCAGGACAUUUUCUCCUGUGGGGAACAACUGGAGCAUGCCGAGGUGAGCACGGCCCUGCGGUACCUGGGUCAGCACUAUUUCAAGAACAAACUCUACGAUGAGGCGUCUCUCUGCGCUCAGCGCUGUUGCGACUACAACGAUGCUCGUGAGGAGGGGAAGGCUCUGCUGAGACAGAUUUCACUCGUCAGAGAUCAGAUCGAGACACCGUCAGCGGACCUGUUUGCUCCACUCUCAAACAACAACACACCAGUCAGGAGGGUGUCUCCACUGAACCUCAUCUCCUUCACACCCUGACACCCAUCCGGCUCUUCGCUGGCUUUAACAUGGACAAUAGGAGCAUCCUGGGAUGUCAUGCAGAGUGGAUUUUUGAUGGCAAGACUCACUUUGACACAGAAAACUGUUGAUGACAUUAAACUUGCUUUCUUUUUUUUUUUGUAAAAUUGUU